AAGUAGCUAGAGCAAGGCCUUUGUAGCUACUAGCUUCACGGCGGCAGAGUGAGAAGAAGCACACAAUCACUUGUGAAGGACGGGGGAGAAAUUCAGUCGCCGCUCGCCACACUUUCCCCCUCUUCUUCACCUCUUGGCGCCGUAAGAUAAUAGUUGUAAGAAGGUGGCCAACCCUUAAAAGCCCCGGGCCAUGUCUGGACAGAGGAAAGGUGCUGCAGCUCGUCUGCCUAAAUGUGCCUUCUGCCGAACCAGCCGGGAAAAAGAGUGCGGGAAGCUACUGGUGUCCGACAGCCAGAAGGUGGCAGCCCACCAUAAGUGCAUGCUUUUCUCUUCGGCCCUGGUCUCGUCACACUCGGAGAGCGAAAACAUUGGAGGGUUUUGCGUUGAGGAUGUGAAGAAGGAGAUAAAAAGGGGAAACAAAUUGAUGUGCUCUUCCUGUCACCGGCCAGGGGCUACUAUCGGCUGUGAUGUGAAUUCAUGCCGAAGGACUUACCACUAUUACUGCGCUGUAAAGGACAAAGCCCAGGUUAAAGAGAAUCCAUCACAAGGACUUUACUUAGUUUACUGCCGCAAACAUCAAGAUGCUUCCAGAGAUUACAUUGAAGAAGAAGAGGAAGGUGUGGCCAAUGACUCGGACUCUUCGCCUCCACAAAAUAGGGGAAGAGGAAGAUUCGAAAGGGGGAGAGCCAAGGUUCGCGGCCAAUCAGAAGACGCCCGCUCCACCUCCUCCCAGGCUGCAGAUGAGGAGACUUCCUCACAUCGGGAGAGGUCACCUCUUCGGGCCAGCCCAGGUGAUAGCGGCCAGCGCUGUGGCUUUUGUCAUGCUGGAGAUGAGGAAAAUGAAAUGAGGGGAGUGCUUCAUACCGAUAAUUCCAAGAAAGUGGCUGCUCACUACAAGUGUAUGCUGUUUUCAUCUGGAACAGUUCAGCUGACCACCACAUCACGGGCCGAAUUCGGGAACUUUGAAGUGAAAACAGUAAUCCAAGAGAUUAAAAGGGGGAAAAGAAUGAAAUGCACGCUCUGCACCCAGCUCGGUGCAACCAUUGGGUGUGAAAUCAAAGCCUGUGUGAAGACCUACCACUAUCACUGCGGUCUGCAGGACAAAGCCAAGUACAUUGAAAACAUGGCACGUGGAAUCUACAAGCUUUAUUGCAAGAACCAUAGUGGAAACGAGGAACGGGAUGAGGAGGAUGAAGAACGAGAGAAUCGCAGUAAAGAAAGAGCAGCAACCGACCAUGGAGGAACACCGUCACUGCAAGUGAAUGGCAACUAAGUGUGUGAUUGGUGGCAAACAGCAUAACCUAAACGAGGAAGAGCUCUACAUUUUUUUAUACAAAAUAUCAGCCUACUCUCAAGUUGUGAUUUAUAAUUUCCCAUAAACUCUGCAACACCUCGCCUUUCCAAAUAAAUGGACGCACUGCAUCGAAACCAGAUGAGAUUUUCACGUACUGGUGAUACGGACCGAGCAUGGACUCCUAUGGGACUGAAAAAGCCAAAGGUUAACUUUUACAAGAGAUAGUUCUGGACACAUCUUAACUAAGUGUGCUGCUGUCACCAAUUAGUGCUGAAUGGACUAAUGUUUUAAUAGUCAAUUCACAGAUUACUACAACUAAUGAAACAGUGCAGUUUUGUUUGUCUUAUCUUAAAAAAAGAUAUCAUGUUAGCCUUUCUUUACGGAUACAUAAUACUUUGCUACUGUGUUAUCAUCGUGUGUCUUUUUGAAUAUGUGCAUUUCAGACACAAGUCCCAAGUUUUCCUGGCAUGCACUUGCAUUUUUCCACGUUCUAAAUGGGGAUUUUUGUUUUUCUAUUUAGCCGCGCUAAAGAGCACAGUCAAGCUCGACAGGUAAGUGUACUUGGUUUGAUGUGAUGUUACUUGUAAUCUCUGCAAAUGUAUCCAAUCUUUCUUUUAUUUUGCAAAGUUUUGUAUUUUACAUAUUUGCUGAAAAGUGAGAGAAAAUGUACUUGUCAUAGAGCUGGUAAGUGAGAGGAAUGUCACACCAGCCCAAAGUAUCAGGAUGUCACUGUGUAUCUCUGUGAAUUGACCUUACUUUUACAUUCUUUCAUCAGACUGAAGCUUCGUAAGCUCAUCUGGAACAUUCAUUCUGCCUUUGUAGUGUUUUCAAUAAAUCGAUUUGUGCGUUUCAUUCAUGGAAAUGCACAGAUAUCUUUUUUCGCAAACAAGUCUUCAGUUUGACACUUAAAUGUUCUGUAGAUACAGGGGUAACAAAAUUGAGAAACACUGGGGUAAACUAAUCAGUGUAAAAAAAAUCCAUGAAUACCAAUUCCAUCCAUCCAUUUUGUACCCCUCUCGGGGGUGGCUGGAGCCUAUUCCUCCUGCAUUCAGGCAUCAGGCGGUACACCCUGAACAAAUCACCACCUCAUCGCAGGGCCAACACAGACAACGUUCACACUCACAUUCACAAUUUAGUGUUCCCAAUCAACCUAUCCCUAGGUGCAUGUCUUUGGAGGUGGGAGGAAACUGGAGUACCCGGGGGGAAACUACAAAGUCAAGGGGAGAACAUGCAAACUCCACACAGAAAGAUCAAACCCAGAACCUUCUUAUUGUGAGGCACACACACUAACCCUUGUGCUAGUGUUAAAACAUCCAUUGAAUACAAAUUCUGUGUAAAAAAAAUUGAAUAAAGAAUUUUGUGUAAAAAAAAAAAUUAACUGCAUAAAAAGUCAGUGUAAAAUAAUCAGCGUAUAACAAUUCAGUGUAAACAAAAAAAACAGUUAAUAUGCAGGCGCAUGCACUAAGCCCUGUGCUGGUGUAAAACAUGCAUUGAUUAAAAAUUCAUUGUUAAAAAAAAUUGAAAUAAAUUAACUGUAUAAAAAGUCAAUAUAAAAUAUAUAACAAUUCAGUGUAAAAAAAAAAAGAGUAAAAAUUGAGUGUGAAUAAAUUCCAUGAAUAAAAUUCAGUGUAAAAAAAAAUGCAUUGAAUAAAAAGUCAGUGUAAAAAAAAAAAAUUGAAUACAAAUUCAGAGUAAAAAUUUAUAAAUCACUUAAUUUGCUAGUUCGGAGACAGGAUCGAUUGCGUCAGUCUUAAUUUACCGGAAGUGGGUCUUGAGUUUCAAAGCAACUAAUAUUGGAUUUCUGCACUGAAUUUUUUACAGUUUUUUUUUAACUUAAACAAAGACAAAUUGAAUUUUGCUCAUAAAAUUGUAUUCACUGAAAUUGUCCGCAUAAAUUGUCAAAAAACGAAAUCUGUUCACAAAAUUCCAAACGCAAAAAUUCUGU